AUGUCUCGAAAGCUGCAAACAUUAGGUCUUGCAUACUUCGGCUUGAUUGCUGCUUGCUUAUUCUUUUCAGCUAGUGCAGGCUCAAAAGACAGUGAAAUAAAAGGCCCUGCAGUUGGAAUUGACUUGGGUACAACCUAUUCGUGUGUAGGUAUCUACAGGAAUGGCCGUGUCGAGAUCAUUCCUAACGACCAAGGCAAUAGAAUUACUCCCUCCUACGUAGCCCUCUCUGAAGAAGGUGACAGACUUGUAGGAGAAGCCGCCAAAAACCAAGCUGCCAUCAACCCUAGCGCUACCGCUUACAGUGUCAAGAGACUUAUAGGUAGAAAAUAUGACGACGAUACAGUACAGAAUGACAAAAAGCUUCUAUCAUACGACAUCGUUAAUAAGCAAGGAAAGCCUUACAUUUCCUUGAAAACAGGCAAAGAAGUCAAAGAAUUCGCUCCUGAAGAAAUCAGCUCAAUGGUCCUCGCCAAGAUGAGAGACAUUGCUGAGGCCUUCUUAGGACAAGAAGUCAAACAUGCAGUUGUCACUGUCCCAGCUUACUUCAACGACUCACAAAGACAAGCAACCAAAGACGCUGGCGCUAUUUCAGGACUUAAUGUUUUAAGAAUCAUCAACGAACCAACAGCAGCCGCAAUUGCUUAUGGUCUUGAUAAAAAAGGCCAAGGCGAAAAGAACAUAUUAGUUUUCGACUUAGGUGGUGGUACCUUUGAUGUCUCUUUACUCACAAUUGAUAACGGAGUUUUUGAGGUCGUCGCUACUUCUGGAGAUACACAUUUAGGAGGGGAAGAUUUUGACCAAAGAGUUAUGGACUACCUCAUCAAGCUUUUCCAAAAGAAACACAGCGUCGAUGCCAGCAAAAAUAAGCACGCUGUCCAGAAACUUAAAAGAGAAGUAGAAAACGCUAAAAGAGCUUUGUCAAGCACACAUCAGGUUACCAUUGAAAUUGAAGCUUUUCAUGAUGGGAUUGAUUUCAGUGAAACUUUGACCAGAGCCAAGUUUGAAGACUUGAACAAUGAUUUAUUCAAAAAGACUUUGGGACCUGUCAAACAAGUGCUUGAUGACUCAGGCAUGCAAAAGAGCGAUAUUGAUGAAAUUGUACUUGUGGGAGGAUCAACUAGAAUUCCUAAGGUUCAAAGAUUAAUCAAAGACUUCUUCAACGGAAAAGAACCAAAUAUGGGCAUCAACCCUGACGAAGCUGUAGCUUAUGGAGCUGCUGUGCAAGCUGGAAUUUUGAGUGGUCAAGGUGGAGAAGAAACAGCUGAUAUUGUCCUUAUUGAUGUUGCGCCUCUUAGCUUAGGAAUUGAAACUGUAGGAGGAGUCAUGACUGUCCUUAUCCCAAGAGGAACUGUCAUCCCUACCAAGAAAUCACAAGUCUUCACCACUUAUCAAGACCAGCAAACCAUGGUCUCCAUCCAAGUGUACGAAGGUGAAAGAGCAAUGACCAAAGAUAACCACAAACUUGGACAAUUCGACUUAAAAGACAUCCCACCAGCGGCAAGAGGAGUACCACAAAUUGAAGUGACCUUUGAAAUUGACGCCAACGGCAUUUUGAAUGUGGCAGCUGUCGACCAAGGAACCGGCAACAAAAACCACAUUACAAUUACCAACGACACUGGAAGACUUUCUAAGGAUGAAAUCGAAAGAAUGGUCAAGGAAGCUGAACAGUUCGCUGACCAAGAUAAAGAAGCCAAAGCUAAGGUAGAUGCUAGAAAUGCUCUCGAAAGCUAUGCUUAUUCUAUGAGAAACUCAAUUGAAGACACAGAAAAAGUUGGAGAUAAACUAUCAGAAUCAGACAAGUCAACAAUUAAAGAUGCAGUUGAAGACGCUUUGAGCUGGCUUUCAUCUAACCCAGAUGCUAGCAAAGAAGAGUACCAAGACAAACUUAAGGAAGUAGAAAAGAUUUGCAACCCAAUCAUUUCCAAGAUUUAUGACUCUGCUGGACAUGAAGAUAUGGGCUCACACGAUGAUCUUUAA